GAGGUGGAGGAGGAGGCCAGGUUGUCUGCGGUGAGGGAGGAAGAGCAGACGAAGAGUCAGACCAUGAAGGAGAGGAUCGAGGCUCUUGACAGAGACAUGGCCGCUCUCUCCGCCACCAUCACAAGCACGGAGGAAAAACUGACGUCUGACCCCGUUUCCUUCAUGAAGAACUUCAACACGCUGAGGACCAGAAUCCAGAAGCUACCCGACGCGCCCAAGAAGUUCCCAGGAGCUCUGCUGGAUGAAGUCCAACACGUGGGCAACCUCAAGUUCAACGUGUGGGAAGGAAUGAAGCAGAUAGUCUCCUACAGCCCCGUCAUUCUGAACCCAAACUCGGCCCGGUCG